GGGGCGGGGGAGGCGGAUGAGGAGGAUGAGAUCAUAGCUUCAGGAUCCUCAGGAAACCCUGGUACAGGCAGCAGCCAGCCUCCUCCGUGCCCACAUGACCCACAACUCUGGCAGCGGACCCGGCACUUCCAACAUCACUAAAUAAUCAGAGACCGGCUCCCACUCGGGGCCCACACCUCCCUGCGGACAAUGAACACCUUCUAAGAGUUUGGCGAGUGGGUGACCCAGGCGCCCGUCCACUGGCAAGAAUUACAGAGAAUUAGGGUUUGAAAGCCCCUGGAAGCACUUGGGAAGUCUGCAAAUGCCACAACCAACUGCUAUUCCAAAGAAAACAAAAUAGAUGGUUCUGCAAAGCUCAUGCUGUUUCUUCAUUGCGUUUUAGAAUGAUUGAAGAUAGUGGAAAAAGAGGAAAUACCAUGGCAGAAAGAAGACAGCUGUUUGCAGAGAUGAGGGCUCAAGAUCUGGAUCGCAUCCGACUCUCCACCUACAGAACAGCAUGCAAGCUGAGAUUUGUGCAGAAGAAAUGCAAUUUGCACCUGGUGGACAUUUGGAACGUCAUCGAAGCGCUGCGGGAGAACGCUUUGAACAACCUGGAUCCGAACACAGAGCUCAACGUGGCCCGCCUGGAGGCUGUGCUCUCCACCAUUUUUUACCAGCUCAACAAACGGAUGCCAACCACUCACCAGAUCCACGUGGAGCAGUCCAUCAGCCUCCUGCUGAACUUCCUGCUCGCCGCCUUUGACCCGGAAGGCCAUGGUAAAAUCUCAGUGUUUGCUGUCAAAAUGGCUUUGGCUACAUUGUGUGGAGGGAAGAUCAUGGACAAGUUAAGAUAUAUUUUCUCAAUGAUCUCUGACUCCAGUGGGGUGAUGGUUUAUGGGAGGUAUGACCAGUUCCUCCGGGAAGUUCUCAAACUACCCACAGCGGUUUUUGAAGGGCCUUCAUUUGGUUACACAGAACAGUCAGCCAGAUCCUGUUUCUCCCAACAGAAAAAGGUCACAUUAAAUGGCUUCUUGGACACGCUCAUGUCAGACCCUCCCCCACAGUGUCUGGUGUGGCUGCCUCUUCUGCAUCGACUGGCGAAUGUAGAAAAUGUCUUCCAUCCGGUUGAGUGUUCCUACUGCCACAGCGAGAGCAUGAUGGGAUUUCGCUACCGAUGCCAACAAUGUCACAACUACCAGCUCUGCCAGGACUGCUUCUGGAGGGGGCAUGCAGGAGGCUCUCAUAGUAACCAGCACCAAAUGAAAGAGUAUACAUCGUGGAAAUCGCCUGCUAAGAAGCUGACGAACGCACUAAGCAAGUCCCUGAGCUGCGCUUCAAGCCGCGAACCUUUACACCCCAUGUUCCCAGAUCAGCCUGAGAAGCCACUCAACCUGGCUCAUAUCGUGCCUCCGAGACCUGUAACCAGCAUGAAUGACACACUCUUCUCCCACUCUGUUCCCUCCUCAGGAAGUCCCUUCAUCACUAGGAGCUCUCCUCCCAAGAACAGUGAAGUAGAACAGAACAAAAUGCUGGCUAGGGCUGCUCCAGCCUUUCUGAAGGGCAAAGGGAUACAGUACAGCCUGAACGUGGCAGACAGGCUAGCUGAUGAACACGUCCUCAUUGGGUUGCAUGUCAACAUGCUCCGGAGCCAGCCCUCAUGCAUGCUUGAGAGUUCAAACCGGCUUGACGAAGAGCACAGGCUGAUCGCCAGGUACGCCGCACGACUGGCAGCAGAAUCCUCCUCACCCCAGCCAGCGCAGCAGAGGAGCGCCCCAGACAUCUCCUUCACCAUUGAUGCGAAUAAGCAGCAACGGCAGCUGAUUGCGGAGCUCGAGAACAAAAACAGAGAAAUCUUACAAGAGAUCCAGAGGCUUCGGGUAGAACAUGAGCAAGCUUCGCAGCCCACACCGGAGAAAGCUCAGCAGAACCCCACCUUGCUGGCAGAACUCCGACUCCUCAGACAGCGCAAGGACGAGCUAGAACAGAGGAUGUCUGCUCUUCAGGAGAGCAGGAGAGAGCUGAUGGUCCAGUUGGAAGGUCUCAUGAAGUUACUGAAGACCCAGGGAGCAGGCUCCCCUCGCUCCUCUCCCAGCCACACCAUCAGCAGGCCGGUCCCCAUGCCCAUCCGGUCAGCUUCUGCCUGCUCCACACCAACGCACGCCCCGCAGGACUCCCUCACUGGGGUAGGCGGAGAUGUGCAGGAGGCAUUUGCACAAAGUUCAAGAAGGAAUUUAAGGAAUGACCUGCUGGUAGCCGCUGAUUCCAUCACUAACACCAUGUCCUCUCUGGUGAAAGAGCUGAACUCAGAGGUAACGAGUGAAACAGAGAGUACUGUGGAUUCGGAAUUUGUGAGGACUCAGUUUGAGGAUCUGGUUCCAUCCCCGACCUCCGAGAAGGCUUUUCUAGCCCAAAUCCACGCCCGAAAACCCGGGUACAUUCACGGUGGAGCUUCAAGUACCAUGCACGGUGACAUGGUCCCAGAAGACGGGGAUCCUUAUGUACAACCGGAGGAUGAUAACUACGAGAAUGAGUCUGUGCGGCAGCUGGAGAGUGAGCUGCAGAUGGAGGAGUACCUGAAGAAGAAGCUGCAGGACGAGGCCUACCAGGUCAGCUUGCAAGGCUGAAUACAAUAUCCUUUACUCACUCUCCUCUCAAGCAAGCUAUAGUCAGACAGAUGAUGAAAGUAACAUGGUACCCGGUGAUGGAGAGAGCUGCACCUACAAAGAGGAGGAAGACAACAGCCUGGAAGCAGCCUCACCCUCGCUCAGAGAGAGGAGCCACCUCACCCAGCAGCUCCAACAACCCCUUCCCCCUAAAGAUGUAUUCUGAUGCCUGUAGUGCAGCUAGCUUUCUGUUCUAAAACUUGUAGUUCCUAGGUGUGUGUUCUAGAAGGGGGGGUGGGCCCGAGACUGCCGUUCCUAGAUCAUUUAUCAACUCCAUCUUCUGUAACAUGGCUCAUCCCUGGUUCCAGGCAAACAUCCACAGGCCGAGAGCCUGCUGCUGUUACACGAGACAGCAGUGUUAACGAGCAUUUUAAACCUUUGCACACGAUAUUGAACCCAUUCAGUUUACAACGACAAUAUUAAUACUGUUUGUAGCUAGAAUUUUCAUUUCCGGAUUCUUUGAGAUUUUAGCAAAGACGGUUUUAUUAUAUACUAUACAUUUUCUCCCACAGCAAUUGUGGGGGAGGGGCAACAACCUGCCAUAGGAUUUGGUCUCUGAGUGUCCAUACUCGGAACCCAGGCACCAAGAAGGGUCCUUGUCCGCCCAUGUCCCCAAGUCCCUCUGAGAAAUGACUUAAAACUUCCAACAAGAAAAAAUGAGCUCUUGGGGGCUUAUUUCCAACUUGGGUUGUUUUCCUUCAAAAUACUCUAAUGAAUCAGCCAUAGAAUUUAGUGUAAAUACUUUUUCCAAAUAGAUAUCAUAUUCAGAAAAAAAGAGAGAGAGAGAGACAACAUUCAAAUGAUAUAGAAUCUAGUUUUUAAAAUCAGCACAGAUCUUCUUAAAAACUGUGAACUAUGUUUUGGAAUACUCGUUACUAAAGCUGUUUAUAAACCACAGGUGCCAUAAGAUCCCCCCCCAACGGACGACAGUUCCCUGCACUUCUCCAGGUCUUGCUCUCCACAUUGUAUCCUUAGGAAGCAUGUCCUACGCAGCACUGCUCAUUGGCAAGUUCCCUCAUCGGGUAGUUCCGAGGCCUUCAGCUUUAAAUGUAUGGGCUUAAAGUGCGCUUGCUCCGCUUUCCUUUCUGAAUGUUGAUUGCCUUACCUGGCCACCUGUUGUUCUGCAUGCAGUGUUGUGUGGUCCUGUGAAAGGAGACAGGCUCUUCCAUGUGGUAUUUUUUGGGAUUUCACACUCAGUUGAAAGCUGGUGUGUGAAAAGACUGUCAAAGACAAGACGAUAAAAAAAGCCUGUGGAUGGUCCUCCUUAGCGAUUCUGGGGAAAAUGGAAAAGUGAUUGGUUGUUUCAAGAUCUGAUGUCUAAGGGGGGGGGGGGGAAAGGCCAGGCACCUGCUGGCUGUCUUAAACUGGAAGCCUCUCCGGAAUUCCUGGGGUAUUUUUUCCCCUCUAAAAGAAAGAAAGGAACAUCGUUGCAGAACAAUGAUUCUCAGAAUGUGUCCCUCAGACCAGCGAUCUUAGCGUCUCCCAAAAGUCUUAAAAAUGCAGAUUCCUCAGCUCUAACCCAAACCCACUGAAUCCAAAACUCUGGGGUCUGGACCUAGUGAUCCAUGUUUUAAUCGGCCCUCCUGACCGUUCUGCCCCGUGCUAUAAGGUGGAAAUCAUUGUCCUAGGAUAGAGUUGGACACUGAAGAGUGAAAAACGCCUUAUCCAGGCUACGGUGUAACUCGGUUGGCCGAGUGCUUGCCUAGCAUACACAAAGCUCUGGGUGCAGGCUUCCAGAGCUGUAGAAACACAGCAUGGUGACACAUGCCUGUGAUCCCAGCACUCAGGAGAUGGAGGCAGGAAUAUCAGGAGUUCGAGGUUAUCCUCAGCUACAUAGUGAAUUUAAAGCUAGCCUAGGAUACCUUGUCUUAAAGGGGGGAUUCGGGGGAGAAGUGGUCAGAAUAAGUAAGAAAUGUUCUAAGUGGACCUCAGAUUUAAUUUUGCUCACCAGGCUCGCAAACGCCUUCUCCCACCCCACACACUGGUGACUAAGAACCGCACUGUCUGUGGAGGGCUCUUCCACGUUCCUGCAUUGCGUCAGAUCCUGUCUCCUCGGCUGCCCUUUAAACAAAAGCAUCUGCCUUGAGGAUAGCCAAGGGCUUGAUUGGCAUCAGUAGAAGACCCUGGGUGUUCUUAGUCGAAUUUCCUUCCAGAAAACCCGCCUCACAGAAUUCCCUGAGCACAGGCUAGCACCAAAGUCGCACAACUGCACAGUUCUCUGAUUUCUUUGCACAGGUGGAUUUUAUUGCGGGUUUCGUUGGUGUGUCUUAACAUUCAUCUCUCUUCCCCUGCCCAUCAUCCUCUGUGAAAUCACACCUCUCCAGAUGGUGCAGGUGGCCAUUGGUGCCUCAUACUCAGUACUGAAAACCACUACAUCCCAGAUACCUGCAUUUGUCUCAGCUCGAACCCGAGCCACAUAGUACUCACAUCAGAACUCAGAACCUGCGGGUGGCCCUCAGCCACUGGCUGGACUGAGCUGACCCAUGUCGUCUCUUUGCUUUUCUACAUCAAAAUGUGUGUCUAAGGUUGAAAGCAUUCUACUGCAAACCUUCCCUCUUGUCACAGCCUCCAUUGCCAAGCAGCUCCCCCGCCCCUGGUAUUGACUCCAUCGUACAAAGCCAUUCCAGGAACUCUCUGGAAACCAGGACCAGUGAGCAGUUCCUCACUAACCAGCCACCUUUUCUUUCUCUUAGCUCCACGUCAGCACUGAGACCAGACUCAAGCACCCCUGUCCUGUAACCGAGACAAAAUGGUGUGUGUUGUUUUGGGGUUUUGUGAUUGUUGGUGGAUUUCUUUCCUUGGCUCUCCAAAUUUACUUUUGGGGCCUGUUCUAAAAUGCAAACCCAGCAGGUUUCGUCUGUCCUGUCCGUUCUAGUCAACGGUGUCUCACAGGGGGUGUUCUCUCUUAUUCCACAAUGAUUUGCCCAUCCGUGUCCAUCAGAGCUGAUGGCCUAUGAAGGAGCAAUGAGCACUGGUCUAACGCAGCCACGCCUCCCCCCGCAGCCCUGCGGUCAAGGAGGUGGUGAAAUCUACUGUAUAGGAUUCAGGAACUGGUUGUGGUUUGUCAGGAUGGAAGUUGGGGUAAGUUUGGUUGGUCAGAGGGAGACGUGUUGGAGAUUAGGAAGAUGGAUUAUCGGAUGAUAUAUAAGGCAGGGAAGGUUUAUUUGUAAGUAGUAAUGUGAACUGAAUUGCAUUAAGAUUGUGGCCUUUGUGUGAUAUAUACUAUGUAUUUUCUUAUAUGCAUGAGCCAAACUGUUGCAAUAUAAUUUAGCACUGAUGUCUGCUCUUAUUUUGACCAUCUUCGUCCACUGUUAUUAGUUCUUGGCUGUUAAGUGUAGAUAGAUCUUGUAAAUAUGGCAACCUUUGGUUGCUGCAUUCGCUUUGGUUCGAUUCCACACAAGCAAAGAACUCCUGUGUCCUCAGAAGGCAGAGCAUUUUUACUUUGAACCAAAAAGAAAAAAAAAAAAAAAACAAA